AUGCUUCAGGUCCCCGAUGUGCUCGACGACGCCGAGGCCGCGGCCGAGCUCCGCCAGCUGCUGGUGGUGGGCCACCCCGAGGCCAGCGCCGCGCUGCUCCGCAUCGUCGACGGCCUCGGCGGCCUGUCGCGCCUCACCGAGCUGUGGCUGGUGGAGGCCGGGCUGCGGGACGUGGCCGUGGUCCGGGUGUGCGUGACGCUGGAGAAGCUCGUCCUCAGCACGAACCGCCUGACCGAGCUGCCGGACCUGGCGCCGCUCUCGCGGCUGCACACCCUCUGGCUGCCGGGCAACCGCAUCGCCCGCGUCUCGAGGUUGGCGAGCCUAGUGGCACUGGAGGACCUUAACCUGGCCGACAAUCUGAUAUGCACCCUGCGUAAAGCGCUAACGGGAUGCAAGCGGCUGACAACGCUCAACCUCAGCGGCAAUCCACUGGCCAGCUUGAAGGCGAGUCCCAGAACCCAGGGCUCGUCUCUUUACGAAAACUCAAGUGGGCAACAAAGUCACCGGAACUUGCCUUUCUCUCUCCAGGAAGCGCGCCACCUCUGCGACGCCCACGCGCUCCGCGUGCUCAGCCUGGCGGACCCCGUGUACGGCGUGACGCCCAUGGCGCGCCUCUGCAACUACCGCAGCUGCGUGCUGCUGCACCUGCCGCAGCUGCUCUACCUGGACGGCUUCUCCGUCGAGCCGGAGGAGUUAACUCAGCUCAAGGUGCGGGGAGGGGUCUCGAGGGAAAGGCCGGGAGCAGUCCGUGACUUGAGCACGUUGCAGAUGUCGUUCGCCGAGCUGGAGUUGGAGCUGGAGAGUGUGGGCAACGUGGCCAUGAGCGUGCACCCUCAGGGCAGCCGGCUGGCCAACGUGUGCCAGAACCUCCUCGACCGCUUCUCCUGCAGCUCCCAAUUCGCGUGCGCGUCCAGAGAGCCCCUGCUCGUGUCCAACUGCCUGGCGCUGGCCGACUCCCAGUGGCUCAAGCGCCACCCGCCUCGGCCGAGCAGCAUCCGCAGGCUCGCGCCCCUCGUCCGCCUCAGCAAGGGCACACGGCUGCGCAGGACCGCGGCGCGGGGAGGGAAGAGGUCCGUGGAGCCCGACGACAAGCAGUGUGGCAUGUACCGGGUGCUCGGCCCGCGCCCAGAGCUGCUCUUCCUCGUCGAGUUCCAAUACGAGUGCGUCGACGACGAGGCGGCCGACUAUGACGGCCCGGACCAGGGUAUCGAGGAAGGGCUGCGCCGCAUCGCCCCCUGGUGGAAGGACGUCCGGGCGCCGGCCUCCGUCAAGCACCCUGUGCUGGACGAGGCUCUGCUGGCGCGCUGUGUGGCGUGCAACGACUGGGGGCGACUCACUGCCGUCAACCUGGCGGGGCGCGGCGUCAAAGUGCUGGGUGAACUGCCCCUGCUGCCCUGCGUGUCGCACCUGGACCUGUCCUACAACCAGCUGGGGUCCCUGGGCUCGCUCUACGCUUUCCCUAACUUGCGCAGCCUCAACCUCUCCUUCAACAACUUCGUCACGCUGGUCAACAUGAGGGACCUGCCGCACCUGGAGAGCUUAAACCUGUCCUGGAACAACAUCCGUCACCUGCUCGUGGUGCUGCGGAGCCUCAACAAGCACACGGCCGGGCUGCGCUGCCUGCAAGUGUGCCACAACCCCGUGGAGGACGUGCUGGAGUCAGCACAGGGGCGUUACCUGGCCGCGCGCUACCUCCCGCGGCUGGGCGCGCUGGACGGCGAGCCGGUGCAAGCGGGGCCCGUGUUCCUCGAGCCGCCGCCGCCGCCGCCCUCGGCGCCGCCCUCGGGCACACAGUCGCCCGCCCACAAGCAGGGCGCGCCGUUGAACCGCGUCCGGUCCGGCCACUCGCCCGCGGUGCGCCACCCGGCCGCGGGCCCCGCGGGCCGCCCGGCCUCCAGCCGCCCAGCGUCCGUCCGCCAGUCGCCGUCGCGGCAGCCGCUGCCACCCCCGCAGCCGACGGCGCAGCCGCAGGAAGAACACCUCCCGGGCAAGCGGGAGUGCGGGCCGGACGAGCUGCGCCUGCGAUGGCGGGCCGACAUGGGCAAAGAGAGGGAGCAGGACGGCGCACCCGACUGCCUGCAGCCGGACCGCUACUCUCUGAGCGCCAGCGGCCGAGGCCUCACGCACGUCCUGGACCCCACCCUCGUGCCGUGGGCGAUGGCGAUGGCGGGGGCGGCGGCACCUGGGGCCCAGAUGCAUCCGGCGGCCACCACCUCGUCGACCUCCUGGCUUGGAGCGACGCGAUGGGCCGACUUGAGUAACAACCUGCUCGGGGAGGGAGGGCUGACGCAUGUCCUGGCCUCCCUGCCGCACCUCCUGCAGCUGAACGCGGCGAGGAACGCCAUCGAGGCGCUGCCCAUGUCCUGCUUCCAGCACUGCCCCGGCCUCAUCAAGCUGGACCUCAGCAGAAACUAUCUGCGCGCCGUGCCGCUACUCAAGCCCUUGCAGAAUCUGCAGUUCCUCGACCUAUCGAGUAACCAGCUGCAGUCACUGUGCGGUCUGGAGGAGAUGACGUCACUGCGAGAGCUACACCUCGCCAACAACUACAUCCGCACUCUGCAGGAGUUGCAGCCCGUCCGCAGGCUACACCGCCUCAAUGUUCUCGAUCUUACUGGCAACGACGUCUCCGACGACAUAAACUUCAAGAAGUUUGUGAUCUUCCACCUACGUAACCUCGAGAGCGUCAACGGCCAGGAGGUGAUGGACGGCGACCUGGUCGCCGCGCGGGAGACGUUUGGCGGCUGCCUGGACAGGGACGCGCUGCUGACCCAGUACUCGUGGAGGGACAUGACGCACCUUGUGGAGCUGCAUCUGACGAGCGCCGGCUUGCGGCAGGUACUUCUUGCAGUGACACAGUUCUAUACGGGACGGAAAAUGGUCGAGAGAUAUCACAUAAACAGAGACGAGAAGCGUCCAUAUUUUGUUGAGUCGGGGGGUGGUUGUUGACGGUGGCCUGCCCCCGCGGCAGGACCCCCUGCUGGCUGGCCGGCGAGCGACGCGCGGCCCCUUGCUGGGGCCCACGAGGCCCGCGGGGGCGCACGAGCUGGCCACCUGGCUGGUGCGCGGCCCCGGCCCCCACGCGGCGCCCUAGCCCCGCCUGUGGC